UAAAGACCAAAUGUGUGGUGGAGAUGGAGGGGAACCAGACAGUCCUGCAUCCGGCCAUCACCAACGUUGGCAAAGGAGACCCCCGCAGCAGUAUGCUUCCCCUUCGGGGCUCAACAUGAACAGGUUUAACAGGCUCGGUGCAACACACGGUGAAGCAAGUAAGCAAGUAUUUUGAACUGGAGCACAUCGGUUUCUGCAUCGAGGCAUUCCUGAUUAGUUUCCCAGUUGAUUGUAUUCUAUUAUGAGCAUGGCCUGUUUUACAGAAAAGCUUUGUUUUUUGUCGGGGGGGAGUCGGAGUCACUCGCCGGCCAAUUCCAACGAGGUUUUGCUGAGUCAGCUCACUGCCUGACAGGUUUAACUGAACUGCCGCAUGAGCUUCAGGGGGUGUUAAUAUGUAACGGCACCCUGGGUAGAUGCAACCAGGCGGGGAUACAGCGGGGGCUUGUCAGACCCUCAAGAUGGUAGAGAUUAAUAAAGCACAAACUUUAGAACCCAUCAUUAUUCAGCAGGCCUGUAAAACCAUAGUAUACUGCAUAUGUUGUAAACAGACCUUGAACUGUAGCAGAAAGUAAAACACCAACUGAGAGCCUUUCUUAUCUGAGCUUUAUUGCAAUAAGAGCCCCACUUUGAAGAGUUUUUUUAUAUAUCUGUUUAUGGCAUCACAAAUGUUUCUUGUUUUUUAUAUCCUCCAGAUUGUCGAUGUGCAGAAUUUUUUUUUUAUGUCCCGAAUCCACCCAAUAGCAUUAUCAAAGCCCUAAGGCCUGUAUGUUGUUGGUCCUAGACUUGCUGACCCUCCUCCCUGUCCUUCAGGAACUCCCAGGAGCUGCGGGGCUCUGCCAGUUAUCUCAGGACUGUCCUUGCCAGCCCAGGAGAGGACAGGACUCAGUGUUGCUCUUUCACGGCCCAGCCAAGUCUCACAUAGGGAGGCCUUGUUUCUUUACAGCCCCCAGUGUGUGUGUGGCCGUGGCUUAAUUUACAGGCUUUCUUUCUUUCUUUUUUUUAAACCCAAAAUUGAUAUUUCUGCCUGAGUGAAUACUGUGUGUUUUGAGUUAUGUUUGGUAGCACACUUCAAAAGGGGGCUUCCCUGGGGACUGGGUGCCUUGGUUUAAGUAUGAUAAGGUUUACCAUAACAAACAUAACAAUCUGUGUCUACCACAUUUUUACAUCUUUGGUGGCCAACUCAAAUAGAUUUGCCCAAACGAUGUUUUUGGUCAUCCUGAAUGUGUAAAAUCUGUUUGUAGCCCCAACCUCCUCAGUGGGCAACCACCACAAAUACAAUGUCGACUUGUAGGAUGGCCAUUAGAGAGAGUGCCAGUUUAAGACACUUGCACAUUCUCUUCCCUUUUCAUAACCAGAGGUUGCCACCUGGCUCAUCACCAGAAGUCACCCUUUCCACAUACAAGUACUCACGUGAUCUGUUGUAAAAUAUAGAGUUAUUGAUCAUAGCUGCUUUAAACACCAGUUUCAAGUAUAAACAAAUCCUAUUUUUCGUGCUGGUGUUAUGAAUGCUUCAUUGCUGAUGGACAACACCAUGAAGCUGCAGAGGAGCAUGUUUGGUAAUUCAAUUUGACGUUUGCUUGCUGGAAUGUGGUGAUGUGUUUUGCUGACUGACGCAAUGUGGAACUAUUGUUUUUCUGCACUAAAACGCAGCGCCUGUAUUUUUAAAGUGCUCCGGUAAGAACUGUUGCCUGUUGUCUCGGGGACCCUGGAAGCCUCUGAGGUUCUUUAGUGCUGCGUCACAUUCUCCACUUGAUUCACAAUGAGUCAAAGAGGAUUAGUCAACCUUGACAGACUUUUAAUCUUCGCCACCAUUAAAACACCUUUUGAUUUUGUGUUCUUGAAACUCUCCCUUCUCACUCGGGGGUCGUGUCAGGUUUUGCAGUAUUUGCUUGCUCUGCUGUUUCCUGCACUGCAGUGUUGUCCGCUGUACUUUUCUCUCCAGAAUGCAUCUGUUAAGAUGGAGCAGGUCACAGCAUGGACAUGUCGUUCAUUUGAAUGAGUUAGCCCUCAUCCGGUGGUUAGUAUUUAAGGGGAAAACAUGACUCUUUGCCUUUCCAACAACAAAUGUCCCUUCAUUCAUCUGGCUUAGGGGCCACUUGACCCCUCUGCCUGAGAGGGCCCACUUGGUAACGCAUCCGUGCAGCUAAGAACAGGUGUUUCUUUGCAUUUGUUAGGCUAUUUAUUUUUUGCCGUUCUUCGGUAGAUCAUCCGUCCGGUCCACUCUCGUGAUCACGAUACCUCGGGAACACCUGGAGGGAAUCUCUUCAAAAUGUGCACAAACUCAAGCAUGAACUGAUUUAGGUUUUGGUGAACAAAGUUCUCUGUGACCUCACUUUAAAACACGGUAUUGGCCAUAGCUCGAGAAUUCCUAUGCUUAUUAUGACCAUUUCACACAAAUGUCCAACAGGAUAAAAUGAUGCAGUGAUGACAUUUUGGAGAGACGUGGAUGUAAACUGCAACAUGACGAGUUGGUGAUUGUAGUUAUUCAUUAUCCAUGAAAAGUGCUGCCUCAUCGCAGCCCUCAGGACGUGCUGCCUCUGCAGAGUGGCAAACAGCUUUCCUCCUCUCCAAUUGCUUCAUUUAAAUGAAUUACAAGAGAAUAACCAGAGGCAGGAAACUAUUUGGAAAAAAGAUAGAUAUGAAUCUGAAAAGUAGACAUUAUAAUACCUUCGGGUUUUUUAAAGUUUAUUUUCCCAGAGGCAUCAAACAACCAACUCAAAUUAGCUGCUGACCCAAGUGGGAACCUCUGGCCUACAGGUUAGAGAAGCAGUCUUGUGAGCAAAGGGUCGACGGUCCAAGACUCCCCAGACCGGCUGGGAAGAUGUUGGUGGGAAAGAGGAGGAAGAAGAAGCGCAUACCCUUCGUUUAACUACUACCUGGGCAGCUCCCAGGUGUGACUGUGUCUAACUGUGGACUCAGCUGACUUUGCUUUGAAUGUUAAAAAGUGCCUCUUACCAGGACCCAGAAUGUCAGGUGACUGUAUGUUAUGUGUUGAAAGUGUUGCCAUGUCGUAAGUAUUUUUCACAUGUUCUUGCCAUGGCGAGGUAUCUCCUCUGGUGUGUGGAUCCACAAGCCUGGGAUAGACUGACAGUGAGACUUCAAGUAGUUUGUUAGGUUGGGUGACAUGUUCAUGUUUUAUUUAAGCACCGAUUGUCAACUGAAAUAGUUUUUUUUUCUUCUCUCUGUUACCCUUUAGAAAUCAGCCAAAGGUGAGUUUUAAACUAAACUCAUGAUGAAUAAGUUUCUAUUUUAUAUUUUUCUAUGCACAAAUGUCUUCUUUUCAUUGUAAACAUCAGGUGACUGAAUGCUCAAUCUGCCUGCUAUCCGUGCAUGAGUUGUUCUGAAUGCGUGUGUUCUCCUCAGGUGUUCGCCUACGACCACUGCUUCUGGUCCAUAGAUGAGUCUCAGAAAGACAAGUUUGCAGGUCAGGACGUCGUGUUCCAGAGCCUUGGGGAGAGUUUGCUGGACAACGCCUUCAUGGGCUACAACGCCUGCAUCUUUGCUUACGGACAGACGGGCUCUGGGAAGUCGUACACCAUGAUGGGCUCGGCGGAGCAGCCCGGUCUGAUCCCACGGCUCUGCAGCUCCCUGUUCAGCAGGACCGUGCGGGAGGCCCGGGAGGGGGAGUGCUUCACCGUGGAGGUCUCCUUCAUGGAGAUUUACAACGAGAAGGUCCGAGACCUGCUCGACCCCAAAGGAAAUCGACAAGCGCUGCGGGUGAGAGAGCACAAAGUCAUGGGGCCUUAUGUUGACGGCCUGUCUCGCCUGGCUGUGGCCUGCUACAAGGACAUAGAGUCCCUGAUGUCGGAGGGAAAUAAAUCUCGCACGGUGGCAGCCACGAAUAUGAAUGAAGAGAGCAGCAGAUCCCACGCUGUGUUCAACAUCAUCCUCACACACACACUCACAGACCUAAAGUCUGAGACGAGCGGAGAGAAGGUGAGCAAGCUGGGUCUGGUGGAUCUGGCCGGCAGCGAGCGAGCGGCGAAGACCGGAGCGGCGGGGGAACGUCUGAAAGAAGGGAGCAACAUCAAUAAGUCCCUCAGUACUCUGGGUUUAGUUAUCUCUGCCUUGGCUGACCAGGGAGCAGGGAAGUACAAGAGCAAGUUUGUUCCCUACAGAGACUCUGUGCUCACCUGGCUGCUCAAGGACAGCCUGGGAGGGAACAGCCGCACGGCCAUGGUCGCCACCAUCAGCCCCUCCGCGGACAACUACGACGAGACGCUGUCCACCCUGCGCUACGCCGACAGGGCCAAGAGCAUCGUCAACCACGCCAUCGUCAACGAGGACCCCAACGCCAGGAUCAUCCGACAGCUCCGGGAGGAAGUGGAGAAACUGAAGGAGCAGCUCACGGAGGCCGAGUCUAUGAAGGCCCCCGACCUCAAGGACAGGCUGGAGGAGUCUGAGAAACUGAUCCAAGAGAUGACCGUCACCUGGGAGGAUAAACUCACCAAGACUGAGGCGAUUGCACAGGAGCGUCAGAGGCAGCUGGAGAGUCUGGGCAUUUCCCUGCAGUCCUCUGGAAUCAGAGUGGUGGAUGACAAGUGUUUCCUGGUCAACCUUAACGCUGACCCCGCCCUCAACGAGCUGUUGGUCUACUAUCUGAAGGAGCACACGCGCGUGGGCUCGGCCGACUCUCAGGACAUCCAGCUGUGCGGGAUGGCCAUCCAAGCGGAGCACUGCGUCAUCGACAUCAGUGAGGACGACGGCGUGGUGCUCAGUCCUCACCGCAACGCUCGAACAUGUGUGAAUGGUGCUGCAGUCUCCAGUCCAGUGCAGCUUCACCACGGCGACCGCAUCCUGUGGGGAAACAACCACUUCUUCAGGAUCAACCUGCCGAGGCAUAUGGUCCACGCAGGGGGUGAGGAUGAGGAGGGCGGCGCUGCGAUGAAGACGUGUUUGAGCACAGACCGGCUGGAGGCGGACUUCGACACGGCCAGCGACGUGUCGAGCGAGCUGAGCUUCGGCUACGAGUUUGCUCAGGCCGAAGUCAUGAUGAAAGGCAUGGGCAACAACGACCCUUUGCAGUCGGUGUUGCAGACCCUGGAGAGGCAGCACGAGGAGGAGAAGCGCUGCGCCCUGGAGCGGCAGAGGCAGAUGUACGAACAGGAGCUGCAGCAGCUUCGCCAGAGGCUCACCCCGGAGAAACCCUCCCACCUCCUGGACCCAACGGGCCCGCCGAGCGGUGCGGCCGCUGCUGCUGCGGCGGCACCCAGCUCCCAAAAGCGCGUGCGCCGCUGGAGCGAGGACAGAGAGGCAAUGAUGACUCGCAGCCUGCGGCGCCUGAGGGAGCAGAUAGUUCGGGCCAACCUGCUGGCACAGGAGGCCGGCUUCAUAGCCGAGGAGCUGAGCAAGAGGACGGAGUACCUGGUCACUCUGCAGAUACCUGCUGCCAACCUGGAUGCCAACAGAAAGCGUGAUGCAGUGUUGAGUGAGCCGGCCAUCCAGGUUCGCCGUAAAGGUAAAGGGAAGCAGAUCUGGGCUCUGGAAAAGAUGGAGAACAGACUGGUGGACAUGAGGGAGCUCUACCAGGAGUGGAAGGACUUUGAUGAAGACAACCCUGUGAUGCGGUCCUAUUUCAAACGCGCCGACCCGUUCUUCGAUGAACAGGAGAACCACAGUCUGAUCGGUGUGGCCAACGUUUUCCUGGCCUGCCUGUUCCACGACGUCAAGCUGCAAUACGCUGUGCCCAUCAUCAACCAGACGGGAGAGGUGGCCGGUCGGCUCCAUGUGGAGCUGUGGCGGGGAACAGAGGGCUCCGAGGAGAAAGGUCCAGGACGGUCUGACAUCCAGCUCAGCGACACAGACGGAGACCCGCAAGAGCGCAGACUGGACUGUGUGGUGAAAAUCCUCCACGCCAACGGUCUGCCUCGCCACCUGUCCAACUUCGUCUUCUGUCAGUACCACUUCUGGGGGGAGGAGGAGUCAGUGUUCAUCGCUCCAGAGAUGCAGCCAUCCAGCUCGUCCUCCUCCAGAGACCCUCAGUGCACUGUGGUCUUCGACAGCGCCAAGGAGCUGUCGGUGCCAGUGUCCGAGGACUUUCUGGAAUAUUUGGCAGAUGGGGCAGUGGCCAUUGAAGUGUACGGCCACAAGCAGGCCAACCAUCGCAGGAACCUGGCACUGUGGGACCUGGGAGUGAUUCAGGCCAAGACCCGAACCCUCAGAGAAAGGUGGAGUGAGGUGACCCGCCACCUGGAGUUGUGGGUGCAGCUGAUGGAGCUGAACGAGGCAGGAGAGUUCACAGCUGUCGAGGUUCUUCCUGCUAAAGAUGUUCGCACGGGAGGAGUCUUCCAGCUCAGACAGGGUCAGUCCCGUCGGGUCCAGGUGGAGGUCCGUUCAGUACCAGACUCGGGCACCAUGCCCCUCAUCGCUGCCUCCAUCCUCUCUGUGUCCAUCGGAGACGUCAAGGUCCGACAGAUCUCCAAAGGCAGCGGAUCACAAUGGGCUGGGGAUGAAGAAAUGGACAGCUACCAAGAGGUAGACCUGGAGAGGAUGAGGGAACACUGGCUGCUCACGCUCAAUCAGAGACAGGAGUAUCUGGACCAGCAGCUACAGAAGAUAGUUUGCAAACCAGAUAAGUCCGAGGAUGAUGUAGAAAGGGAGUCCCAGCUGCUGGAGUGUCGCCUGACGCUAACCGAAGAACGCAACGCUGUGCUGGUGCCGUCGGCUGGCAGCGGCAUCCCCGGAGCGCCGGGGGAGAGGGUUCCUGUCCCCGGUAUGGAAACACACAUCCCCGUCCUGUUCCUGGAUCUCAGCGCUGAUGAUUUCCAGUCCAGUCUGUUGGGCCCGUUGGCAGGGGGGCUGGAUGCUCUGCUCAGUGGGGAGGAGGACGACGACUUCUUUGACCUUCAUGUUGUGAAACACUAUGAUCCAGAGGUGAAGGCGGAGGCCUCCUGGGACUCGACAGUCCACGAGUGCCCUCAGCUGAGCCGCGUGGCUUCGGCCGACCAGAGGGUCUACCUGACGGUCAGCGCGGUGGUCCAGCUGAGCCACCCGGCCCACAUGCAGCUGGUGCUCAGGAAACGCGUCUGCGUCAACGUCACCGGGAAACAGGGUUUUGCUCAGAGCCUGCUGAAGAGGAUGUCUCAGCGCAGCACCAUCCCAGGCAGCGGAGUCACCUUUGAGAUCGUCUCUAACAUCCCAGGGGACAUCCACGGUCCAGAGGACAGGGAGAUGCUGGCCAGGCUGGCUGCCAGCACCGAGGGCGACCAGUCGGCCGACAGAGAGGCGGCCAUAGAGAAAUACCUCCGCAGCGUCCUGGCUGUGGAGAACAUCCUCACUCUGGACCGACUCAGACAGGAGGUGGCUGUGAGGGAACAGCUGGCAGUCAGAGGCAAAGCUUCCAGACGCUGCCUGAGCUCUCCAAACAUCAACCGGCUGUCAGCCAGCAGUCUGGAUCUGUACUCCUCUACUCACAGGCUCAAUGACUUCAAGGGCUGGGAGAGCCACCAGGACCUUUCUUUUGUGCCUCCUUCAUCUAGACGCACACUGCCCAGCUCCAUUUCCCAGAACCUGAGCCCAGAGACAGUGCAUUCAGGCUUUGCUGCGUCUUAUCUCUCUCCAGUGAAGGCCGUACCCAAGCUGCUGAAGUCGCUGCUUCCAGGUGGGAGGGGAGAUGGUUGGGACCAGGCUGCUGUCCAUCAUCAGCAGAGUGUGCCUCGCAUCAUGGUGCAGUCGGCCAGUGUUGAAGAGGGCUUGAGCAAACAUCAGCAGCCAGUUGCCAUUGAGGAAAUCAUUCUUCCCAAUUUCCAAACCGAGAGCCCCAGAUCUAUGCCCCUCCCACCGCCAAUCAUCCCGGAGACAGAAGAGCCCGCCCUCAGCCCGGUGAGCGAGGCGUCGAGCGGAUACAUGUCGACUAGCCUGUCUACAGCCAUGCUGUCAGACGUCUACACGCUGAGCUGGGACCUGCCCGUGUCAUCCGGUAGCAGAACCAACGGCUUUGAUGUGGUGCCCAAUGAAGAGACGCAAUGUGACACUUACUCAGAGUUUAUCCAUGUGGACCAAUCGGAGCCUUGGGAGUCACUGCUGGUUUUGGACGAUGAGGCGGCUGAAGAGAGGACGGACUCGCCCGAGUCGUCCAAACCAGACGACACUCCAUCGGAUUCCAACCUGAAGAAAGAACCUCAAGAACCUGAUCAGUCUCUGUCAGCCCAGUUGAUGGAGCAAGGAGAGCCUGAUUCAGCUGCAGAAUCAGAUUUAAUAUGCCAGACCAAACAAAUGCAAGACUCAGCCAUUGACCACAUUGGAUCAGAACAAUUAGACAAUUCAGAGCCACUUAAAGAUUCAUUGUUAGUACAAGAGAAAGAAACCAAGCAGACAGAAUCUUCACAGACAGAAGAACUCGAGCUAGCUGCCACAGACGAGACCGAAGCUGAAGUGUCUGCUCAAGAGGUUCAAAGUCAGUCUGAAACAAUCGUCCCACAGCAGCCCAAACAAGACCAAACAACCCUCAACAGUGCUCAAGAUCCAGCUCCACAUCUGGUCCCAGCUGUGUCCGAGGUCCUGGCUGCGUCUGCGUCCGCGUCCGAGGUCCCAGCUGUGUCUGAGGUCUUGGUUCCAGCUCCUGCCCCAUGUGAAGAGUUGGUUCUUCUAGCUCUGUCCAAAGAACAAGCCACUUCUGAGGCCUCAAACCCAGGUGGCACCUCCAUGCUUACUUCAUCCUCAACCACAGAUGAGGUCCAACAGGAAACACCUGCCAACGUAUCAAAGAAAGCCACCUCAGCCGCAGCUCCUUCUCCGCCCAGUGUUCAGACCCUCAAACCUGAUGCCUCGGUGGCAAACCCCUUCAAGAUCCAGAAAGUCAAGUCUUCAGACCUCAAGUCCUUCCAUUGUAUUGUGGGCGUAGAGGAGGAGAAGAAGCCCGCACAGGUGGACCGGACCAGCAGCCUCAACCUCUCUGUGCCGAUGGAAAGCCUGGAAAUCAUCUCAGACUCUGAGGAAGGAGAUGCAGCUGCAGUUCUUCCCGACUGGCUGAAAGAAGGGGAGUUCGUGACUGUGGGGAACAAUAAGAGCGGCACCGUCCAGUACGUUGGACCCACGGAUUUUGCAGAAGGUACCUGGGUGGGCGUGGAACUGGAGGUACCAGCAGGAAAGAAUGACGGCUCAGUGGGAGGCAAGCACUACUUCCACUGUAACCCCGGCUACGGCGUGCUGGUGAGGCCGGACAGGGUGAGCCGGGCCGGUGGCAAGCGCCGCCGCCAACAGCAGAAACGCCGUAGUGCCAACCUGUCCGGAUCCAGCCCCAACCUGGCAGCCCUCACCGCUCUGGCCAAAGGCGAAGGUGGCGGGGCAUCGACCGGCCGACCGAAAGGAGAGAACCGCAAGUCGUGGAACACUUGAGAGGAUCACAAUCAGCUGAGUGGCUAACUGUGGCGCUCACGCAUGCAGCAGCUGGUAGACGUGAUUAUAGGGUAAGCUUUCAGAUCGACUACAGGCUUCACUGCAUCUGGUUCUUCACUGCAAGUUUGGGAGACUAAGGUUGAUCCAGUUCACACUGCUGUGAUGGGAGAGAGAACCCUCUCACCAUCACAUGUAGUACUGUAUCACACCUGAUGUACUUAGGAAUUUAAAAAUACUGUUUUAUCUAGAAAUGUAGAUGUAGAUGUUUUGUCGAUGCAAAGAACUUUUCUCAGAUUCAUUUCAAAGGACCGUCUCAAAAUCAGCACAUCUGUUCUUUUAAUGUUAUUGCGCUUGCCAGGCUAAAGAAUGUUAAACUAAUCUAAACUCCAAAGGUCUCACGACACCUUCAUGUGCUCAUACUGUAUUACACAGCUGCAUGGAUUGUAUUGACUCUUGGUAUCGGUAGUUUUAUACUUGUGCCUUGAAGUAGAACGACUACUCAGCCGACGUGCCUUAGUGAUGAACCACCAGCCUGCUGUUUAACUGGAGCUCAUUUUGGCUCUCGAAUGUGUGAUCUACUGUUUUAGAAAAAAAUGAUCUUGCACUCACUUUUCUGACAAAUUCAAACAUUUUGAAUCAACUUAUGUGUCAAGAUUGAUUGGAAGUGACUUGUUUUUAAAUGGAAUUUUUUUCAUAUUCUGUGUGCACGGGGAUACUUGAGUUAUGUUGGAAAGAAUUGGUAUUAAUUUUUGUUUGGUGAACAAGAUAUUUUAUACUAUGCCUGAAUGCUUAUUUAUUUAAAGAUGAAGACAUAUCGAUGGUGAAAAGCAAAAUCACCUUUUUAUAUUGUUGAAUAAAUUUCAUUCUGCUCUCGUCA